AUGAACCAACAAGACACCAUCCCACUUUUUAAAGUGGGUGAAAAGCAGUUCAAAGUCCAAGCGAAAAACAAUGACGACAACUACCUGUCUUUCAAGCUAGAGGUAGAAAAAGUUGUAGAUGACGGAACUGAUACGGUUCGCAAAGACAUAGUCUGGUCGGAUGCUGAAGUGGUGGUACUCGAUUCUGUAAAAUCUGGCCUUGGUCGUAGUGCGGAGAACGACUUUUUCACCAAUGUAAUCGAGCCUGUCUUUGACGAGCUCAAAGUGCCAGCGCGCGUCAUUCGCACCGAAAAUUCGAAAUCGGUGACUGAAUUUGCAAGCACUUUCAAGCCGUCGGCCCCAACAACAAUAAUCAUUUUCCUUUCUGGCGAUACUACCAUUUCUGAAUUUAUUAAUGCUCUGAAGCCCAAUGAAGCCAGAAAGGACAACAAAGAACGUGCUCACCUGUGGUUUUUACCACUUCCCUUUGGCACAGCAAACGCCUGGGCCACUUCACUUGGGAUUCAAAACCCUGUUUCGGCGUUUGGGGAAUUUUUGCAAGAUAAGCUCAGUCCUAAGUCUUUCCCCCUCUACAAAGCGAAAUUUCCCAACGGCCGUGAGGUAGUCUUCUUCAUAAUUCUUUCAAUUGGUUUCCAUGCUAACCUGCUCCAUCUGUGCAACGAAGAGCGUUUUGAUAACAUUGGGGUGGAGAAAUUUAGGAUUGCUGCCCAGGAAAUAUUGCAGACUUACGACCUCGAUUAUAGUCUUCAAUUGCCGGCAAAAUUGCCUACUCAGCACUUCGCGUACUUCACCCUGAUUAAUACACCCUUUUUGGAAAAGACAUACAUGCCCUCUCCAUCUUCUGAUCCGCUGAAAUCUGAACUUCACCUUUUGGGCUACAUCACCGCGUUUGACAAGACAAAGCUUAUCGAGAAGAUAAUGCGGGGCUACUAUAAUAAGCCUCAGGAAGACAUUUCGGCUGAUGGCGUAGUCUAUCAACCGUUCAGUGAUGACUUUGUCGUGUCCUUCGAGGAUGCGUCCGACGAAGAUCCUAACACCAAGUUUGAGAUCUGCUGCGAUGGCCAUCUCCUCAACAUGCGUGAUCUGCAGGUCGAAGGUAACAAUUUCGAUGGGAAGCUGCAAAUUGAAUUUCUAAAAGAUUAUUCGGCUUUUGAUUUGAAAGUCCUGACUCCUAAAUAA